CUGAUGGGCUUCUCCACACUCAUUGGUAGCUUUAGGGCCCCAGGGGAAGGCUGACAAACAGGGCUGCAGGGGCAGAGACAGUUUGCUGUCUGGGAGAGAUGAAAACUCCACUAGUUUCUUAAGUCAGAGCCGUGGGAAAGAUACAGUCAUCUGGUGGCGCUGAACCGUAACGCACGGCGACGGGAGAGAAACUGCGCGGCCAGAUAAACUCGACCUGCACUCAACAUUUUCCUUCCUUGGGAGAACAGAUACGUAUCUCUAUCGCUCUUUCUCGCCCCCUCCCUCCAACCUCUCUCAUAGACUUUCUAAGAUACAGCGUCUGAAUUCAGAUGCGGUGCACUUCGAAGGCGAGCAUCAGCAUCACUACAGCGACUCUGGCUCGGAUAAAAUCGGAAGAGCGCGUUAUCGUCCUCGGUUAUUUUCGAUUCAUCUAGUUGAUUACACCCCCCCACCCCCACCCCCCACACACACUCCCCAUAUCACCCCAAUACAUCAGUCGUCGGAAUUAUAGCUCUUCCCCUUGGCUUCCCCUUUCUUCAAACCGAACAGAAUUGAUGUGUAUUUGCCGCAUGAGGACGUCCAAGCAUUGGAACUCAGUUGCUGGGGUUGCAGCAAUUCAGCCUGCCGCUUGCUCCGCGCCGGAGACAUGAAUCUACCAUAACGGAAUUCGCGUUCCCUUUCAACAUCGGAGCAAUCAAAACUGUUUGUUUGCCGGCUCAUGGGGGUUACAUUUCGUUUCUGCUGGUCAAUAACUGUCGUCAAGUGAAUAGCUGUUAUCGUCAUCGCUUCAAUUCCAAACUGGAGGAGUCGUGAUCAACGGGAAUGAAAUUGAGAAAAUCGUCCGCGGGUUGGAGGACAGGGCUGAGUUUAGGUCGGGAACUAAGAGUCUAGAUAUUAACAACUUUGUGCGCAAGACUUUCUCUUUCUAUAUGGACCGAUCAACAUCACUGGAUAUCGAGGCUCUGAAGAUGACCCAGGAGCAAUACAUCCUCGCGGCCCAGCCCAACACCCUGAGCCAGCGGGCACACCAAGGUGCCCAGGCCUACCCGGUGGGUAUUUACGGCUGGAGGAAGCGCUGCCUCUACUUCUUCAUCCUCCUGCUCCUGGUCACCAUGAUCGUCAACCUGGCGCUCACCAUCUGGAUCCUCAAGGUCAUGAACUUCACCGUGGAUGGAAUGGGUAAUCUUCGUGUAACCAAAGAGGGGAUCAGGCUAGAGGGUGUUUCGGAGUUUCUGCUCCCUCUCUACGUGAAAGAAAUAGAAUCCAGAACGGACAAUCCUCUGAUCCUGCAGUCAGACAGGAAUGUGACAGUGAACGCGAGAAACAACCUUGGUCAGCUAACAGGACAGCUCACUGUGGGCUCGGAGAUGGUGGAGGCCCAGUGUCAGAGGUUCGAGGUGAGGAGUCCCGACGGGGAGCGGGUGCUCUUCUCCGCUGACGAGAAGGAGAUCAGCAUCGGCACUGAGAAACUGAGGGUGACAGGGAACGAAGGCGUCGUCUUCGGACAUUCAGUGGAGACAUCGCACAUCAGAGCAGAACCUUUCCAGGAUCUCAAGCUGGAGUCUCCCACCAGGACCCUGAGUCUGGAGGCUCCCAGAGGGGUGGAGGUCAAUGCCGGGGUGGGCGACUUCAAGGCCUCCUGCCGGAAAGACCUGUUGCUCCAGUCGUCAGAAGGAGAGAUCUUUUUAGAUUCCAACACAAUUCGGCUGGGGAACAUUCCUCACGGGACAGCGGCGGAUCCGCUGCACGGGGCGCCGGGCACCACGUACCCCAAACAGACUGUGUACGAGCUGUGCGUGUGCCCAAGCGGCAAGCUCUACCUGUCCCCGGCUGAGAAGGGCUCCACCUGCCAGACGACCAGCAACGUGUGUCUGUGGAGCUGAGAGAGGGGGGGCCAGCGGACCGCUGAACACCAGAAAGGCCUUCCCCUCGUUAGGAUCCCAGUCCAGGAUACCAGGACCCCAACAGACCCUGAUCCCCAUCCAUACUGUUCCCCAUCCAUCGAUAGAUUUACUUUCUUUGACAGACAUUCUUCAUUUAUUUUCUUUCUUUCUCGGUGGUGUUCACUCUCUCUUUCUUUUUUCUCUUCUUCCUUCAUUCUUUUGUAUUACUUUUCCUCUUCCUUUCCGUCAGUUGUUAUUUCUUUCUCUAACCCUCUCUGUCGUUCUCUCUCCUGCUCUCUUUCUCCUCCCUCGUCAUCUCUCUCUCACAGUCCUCCCAAACAAAGAAGAGAAAUCAGGAAUCCCUUGAAAAAUGAGGCUUGGGGAAAAAGCCCCUUCUUCCAAAAUUUUGAUGGAACAAAAAACGAUAUUAAAUGACAAUUUGUUUUCUCCUUUUUUUUCUAUUUUUCUAUCGUUCUCAGAUGGGGAAUGAGUGUUGCGCCGCCGCCGGGCCGAACUUGAACCCGAGAGAUUUGCGUGGACUGAUUUGUUUUUCUAAGAAAGCGAUACACAGGUGCCUUUGCUAUUGUUGGUAAAGCACAUCACCUCCAACGUUCUCAUCCCCUUCAGUGGACCAUCGUUAACUCACUGGAAAACUAACUGUCUUUGGCUUAAAGCCUUGUCCAAAUCUCUAUACAGACUUCAAGUACAGUUCUUUUUUUUUCUCUGAUGUUUUCUUGAUAAAAAAAAGCACAAAAUUAUGCCAUGUAUAUAACAAUACCAAUAAAAUGAAAAAUAAAACUAUAUUGUUUUAUAAACACAUCCUGAAUCUGAGAAUGCUCCAGGGUUGACUUUCUACUUUUUAAUUUGAAGUGCUGUGUCAUGUGUACGUUCUACAUUUUGAGGUUGUGGACAAUUUCCCUGCUCUGAAAUCAUGGUCUAAUGUAACAUAAAGUAAUAUUACAACAAAGUGCAGUAUUUCUCCUUUGUCUAUCGGAGCUGAAUCACUAAUCACUAUCACUUAUUUUACCAGGUAAGUUGACAGAACAUAUUCUCAUUCACAGCAACGACGUGGGGAAUAGUUACAGGGGAGAGGAGGGAGGAUGAAUGAGCCAAUUGGAAGCUGGGGAUGAUUAGGUGGCCAUGAUGGUAUGAGGGCCAGAUUGGGAAUUUAGCCAGGACGACGGGGUUAACACCCCUACUCUACGAUAAGUGCCAUGGGAUCUUUAAUGACCACAGAGAGUCAGGACACCCGUGUAACGUACUGUCCAAAAUAUGGCACCUUACGUAGGGCAAUGUCCCCUUCACUGCCCUGGGGUAGCGUCACCAUGGAAAGUAUUUGACUGCAAAAAAUAAAAAGGUAGGCUUUUAAUUCUAUUGAACAAUACAGACAUCAUAUAAGGUUGGUAUACCCAAUCUGAUGUUUAUUUGAUUAGGAUGUUAAACUAAUUUUACCCUCACAAGACUCCAGUAUGUCCCACUUCUGUCACAGCAAGAUUACCUCAUACAGCCUCCAUCCAAUCAGGAUGCCCUCUGACAGUAGCAACAGCAACUUUUGGCCAUUCUGGAAACAACAGUUGGGUUUGUUGUGAGAUGGGACUGGGGCCAGGAUUCAAACCAAAUGCGCAGAGAUUGCACUACACUUGACUUUUAUUAAAGGUAAUUUCACUGACUUUCACAGAGAUCGUAUUUGCGGUAAACGCAGUAGGUUUCGGCUUAAACAUAAAUUACCUUUUAAAAGUAAAAUGUAGUGAGAUGUAGGAGCCUUGUGGUUUGUUUGAAUCCCAUUCCCAGUCUCUUUUGAGUCUUGGUCAAAAGUAAGGAAACUGGGGAGAUUUUAUAGUUAUGAUAUUUAACUAUCCGACCACAUACACAUAUAACUACAAACAAUAUGGAUACAAUAUGUUUUGUAAGCAUUAAGUGGAUACAUAGAUUUAAAAAAGAAAAAGCUAUUUAUUCAUAUUCACAUGUAUGUAAAUACAC